AGUCACACAGACUACUCUCUCGUUUAAAGUCAUGGCACAGCUGGACCAGGAUUCCCUGAAAUCAUGGGCCUCUUCUAGCACAAUAUUCAGUGGUGAUCAGGUUUUCGUGGAGAGGGUGAAAGGCCAGUCGUCUAACCUGUACUCUGCCAGCCAGUCGUCAAGCCCCAAUGCCCCCAGCAGCAGUCCAGCAGGUAGCAGCAGCAGCGGGGACACAUGCAGUCUACACAACUGGAGCUCAGGAUUUACCUGCCUGCUGCACAGCUCUAUCAAGAAGCAGAGUCAGGAAGUUUUUCAAAUUCGACUCCGAGGGGAGAGAGGGUGGAGGGAGUUUACUGUAGCUCCAUCCAGUGGAACAGAUCAUCCACAGGCUGAGGAGGGAGGGGGUGUACACACUGAUUCGAAUAAGGGCGCAAAACUACAGACGGUGCUGGAGGAGAGGAUCAAAGCCAAGCAGAAAUUUUCACAUUUCCUGGAUGAGGUAACUUCCAACGUGCUGAACCGAGGCAGCCUGCAGGCAUUUGGAAAACCGGUGCCUCCAUCUGGACUCAUCUCCACAAUCCCAAAUCUGCCAGAAGACCUGAAGCAAGUGGUGAGCUCCAGCCUGUCCCAAUCAAUGGCCCAGGAGCAAAUCCUUUUAACUGGGCAGAAAACUCUAGAAGAUGAGAUUUCUCUCGUCUCAUCACAGAAAAUGUAUCUGGAAACGGACAUUGACUCUGUCAGGAGGGAUGACGACCCGCAGAACCCGGAGUUGAAAGCAGAAUUGUCACCUCAGCUGGAGAUAGACAAUAAAACUUUGAUUCCACCUCCUCCAGAGUUUUGCCAAGGAUUUAAAUUGAGGAUUCCUGUUCUGGAGCUUUGUCAUGACUUCCCGAGAUACCCCUACAGAUCUGUCUCUCUGCCCAGGGGCAUCAACAUACUGCCUGACGAGGAGAUGAACAACAUAGACCCUAUCAGCUCAUUGCUGGAGCAGAAAGAGGACUUGCGGAAGAGACUUUCCUACACAACACACAAGCUGGAGCUGCUGCAGAGCGAGUUCGACUCCACAAGGCAGUACCUGGAGACGGAGCUGCGCCGAGCACAAGAGGAGCUGGAUAAGUUCACAGAUAAGCUUCGCAGAAUACAAAGCAGCUAUUCAGCUCUGCAGAGAAUCAACCAAGAUCUAGAGGAAAAGAUCCACAGAGAUUCGCAGCACCACGAAGACGAAAAACGAGCCCUGAGCAGAGAAAUCAUCGUACUCAACAACCACCUGAUAGAGACGAAGCUCACCAUUGAGAAGCUACAAGAGGACAAUGAGCUGUACAGAAAAGACUGUAACUUGGCUGUUCAGCUGCUGCAGUGCAACAAGUCUCUGUACAGAGCCCAGCUCUCUGAGCUUCCUGCAGAUUUUCAGGAGCGCCUGACCAUGCAUCUGGAAGAGUCUCCGCUCUGCCAUGACUACCCUGACUCUACGUCCCUCAUUGCUAGCGUGCUUGAAAAGCCAGAUGAGGCCUGCAGCAGCAGCCAGGCCUCCCGCUCCCCCAGCCCCCAAACCCAGAACCAUACUUUUAUUCUGGAGAGACUCGGGCCCGGGGAGCGCCUGGGGCUUAGAGCAGCCUACAAAACUGACCUGUACAGCAGCGACACUGCUCUGUACUGCCCCGAUGACCGUCACCGUGAGAGGAGGCCCAGCAUGGAUGUGCACGGUCACAGGACAUUCCUGUAUGGGCCACAGAACUCCACUGACAGCACUCCAGAGGAGGGCUCUGUGGGAUUGAGAGCUGGCUUCUCCCAGGAACAUUUUUCCAAGUUCCCCGUUGCGAUGGCUGGAGGCUCCAGCUCUUACUCCAGCUUUAGUGGAGGUGGUUCUGAGGACAAAGGCAAUGAGCCGCCAAGUAGUGCAGCUUCCUCACCGCGCCAUCAUUCCCUCUACAUGGAAUGGAGAGAUGCAGGGGACUAUGAGAGAAAGAGUGACUCAUCCUGGGAGAGGGACAGUCCAAGGAGCUUUGGGAAUGCUCAUCCUUUCCAACAGACCGAGUUGAGCCACCAGCAGAAUGGGAGCUCGCCGGUCUACAGCCGCACCAUGUCCUCCUGUUUCAGUGAGCCCUACGAGCCGCUGCCUCCAUCUUCCUCCCCAAGUGUCGCUUACGGAGACAGUCGUCGAGGCAGCACUUUAGCCCCUGAGGAGGAAGAACUGAUUGGUCGAUGGCGACAGCUUAGUGUUGAGGACCUAAGUGCCCACUCGUACCGCAGCCCAGGCAGAGCCUCACCUUACAGUUUCUCGGAGCAACACUUUUCCGUUCGCCCUGCCAAAAUUCGCCUUGGGCCACUCUACAGCAGCUUCCAGGAGGGGGCUGACUACUACCAUCAAGGUGCAGAUGCAACUGACCCGGUGUGGGUGGCUGCCAGCCCCGAAUGCAGCCCUGGACUGCGGCAAGCACACAGCCAAGCCCACCUGUACAGAAGUGAAGACAGCCAGGAGUCAGAGCACAGCCUCUACCACUCAGGAAGCUCCAAAGACAUGAAGGGCAAUGUUGCAGCUGGAGGUCAGAGCACAGAGUACGCUGACCCCAGUCCCAAUAGCUCCACUGAGUCUCUCAACCAGAGGUCCCUGGAGAUGGCUGCAGAGCUGCAGCACUAUCAGGUGGAGAUGCACAGCAUGCCCGCGCAGGUGAGCCAGCCGCCACCACCAACUCCUCCACCUCCUCCUCCAUACAACCAAAAAUUUGGCUCUUUGGGACUUUCAAGGAAGGACAGUCUUACAAAGGCCCAGCUUUAUGGAACGCUUCUGAACUGAAGGACUUUCAAACGAGGUUAAGCCUUUGUUAUGACAGAACCCACAAGGCAUUGGUGCGCUCAAGUUGUGUUGCUGCUACCAUUUAGUUGAAAAUGGUUCGAAAAGCAGCCAGGAUCAAAAUGGUUCAUAAAGAUGAAGCAACAGAAGAUCAUUUAGGAGAGAUGAUUACAUGCUAGAGGACGGCAAAGUAAAAGGAAGUUGGCCAAGAUUAAGUUGGAAUCAGCCAGAAAGAAGUUCAUGACACUUUUAAAAUGUAUAGGAAUGUCUAUGUAUUUACGUUACAAAUGUAUGAAAAAAACAUGCUUACUAAAAAUUCUGUGAUAUAUUUUAUAAGAAGUUGUAAGCAACAAAUUUAUUCAAAAAGUGCAGUUCUUGAUAUUCCUGCAAGUUGUAUAUAAAUUAUAAACUGCCAGUGCCGUGUUUGGAAGUUCAGAUUUGAAUCGAGACGAGUCUCUGCUAGCUGCACAUAGAUUGGUUUCAGUCAUUAUUUUUAAUUAACUGAAACAAUCUUAGCCUUGUGAGAGGUGUGUAAUGAAGAAAUAACUUGCGAAUUAAUCCUUAAAUGACAAACAGACAUUUUUCUUCUGUUAAUUGAUUUUAGUAGUAUUGAUGGGUGUGAUUUCUUGUUAUUGAUGAAAUGUUUUGAGAUGUAAACAUCUGUCUUAGCAAUCAGUAUUUAUUUAUUAAACUUUUUUGCACCUCUGUUGUCUCCUUGAGAGGUUCCCCUGCCCCCAUUCUACCUCAAAUUUGAAUGCCCACACCCACCUAAAUCUCUGUAAGUUUGUUUCUAUGACAAUGAUGCAUGGUCAUAUAUUUUGUUGUUUUGUUAUCUUAAUAAAGCACAAAUAAUAUGUAUAA